AUUUCCGGUCUUCUUCUUCCUUCUAAUUUGUUCUCACUCCGCCAUGAGUGGCCUCACCAAACUCGGCCUCGCCCUCCUCUUGGUCUUCUCUUUCUCUCUUUUAGGCGUCUUGUCCGAGCUCCUCUACGUCCUCUGGUGCAGGCGCCGGCGCCGGCGGCUCCGGCGAAGUUCCUCCUCCUCCGGCGACCCCGAGAUCCCCAACGCCGGAGGGGGUGGCGCCUCCUCUAAGGAGCUCCUCCUCUACUUCCUCUGCUGGAAGAACCAGUCCCGCAUCGAGCCGGCCUCCUCCGCUACUGCGUCCCCGGCAUUCUCUGCAGCAGCUGCUCUCGCCGCCCCGACGGCAGCCAUGACGAAGAUGGCGUCUUCGGAGGCAGGGGAGGAGUGCGAUCUGGCGCGGUGGCACACGAUGUACUUCGGGCCGUCAAGGGUGCUGUACACCAUCAAGGAGGAGAGAGAGGAGGUCGAGUCCGACGCCGGAAUGGGGGUCUCCGGUGACGGAGACGGAGACGAGUUGGCGGAGACGCCGUUCUCGACGCCGUGCGUUUCGCCGGUGUUCUACACGCCGACAUCGUCUCCGCCGCGCGCGAUGGCGGAGGCCGGCAGAGAUCCGGAGGUUCCGUCCGGUGGCGAGGUGGCCGGUUCUCUCCCGCCGGUGGCGGAGCGAGUGUAGGGAGGUAGGGGCUCCAGGGCCUGAAACGUCAUGUCGUGGACUUGUACGAAAUAGUUGGAAAAAUUUACUGCGCUCUUUAAGUAAUUUCCAGUAAUUCUAGGUACCCUUUUGUAAUUUUCUUUUCUUAACUUUUACCACUAGUUGAAGGGGAAAAGAGAUUAUAGAGGUAACAGAAAUUAGUUUUUUGUAUCUUUUUUAUUAACUAAUGUUACUAACGAGAGAGGGAGGGAGGGGAUUGGGGGAAGACUGUUUCGCAGUGGUAGUAAUAAUGGCGUGUCAUGGCAUGCUGGUGAUGGGUGCAGUAAUUGCUCUCCUGUAAUUAUUAAAUGCUCUUUCUCUCUCCCCUUCUUUUAUUAUAAUUAUUAUUUUUCUUUUUUUCGCUUUUGGAGCCGUUGCUCUCAAAUUAUGGUUGGUUGGUUGGUUGAAAAUCUUGAGCUAGCCAUCAGUACCGCCCAUUUGUUUUCUUCUUGGAUCUGGUACGCAAGUUUGUUGCAUCUAACGUUACACAUGUUGCAUCAGGAGAAGAUAGCAAGGACUGUUAUCAUAAUUUGUGUGUAAAAAGAGACCGUUGAUAUGGAGAAAGGAAACGCGCACAAGGUUCUAGAGGAAAGAUUCUUGUCCGUGAGGGUGAGGCUUUUCAGGCUUCUGUUGUCCACUUGUUUCUUUUGGGUCAGCUUUAAUUUUGUAUGGGUUUCCCCGGCAAAUUCUUCUUAGGUCCAAACUAUUUGGAAGCUUCUAGUUUCCAAGUUUUUUGAACCAAAUCUCUCGAGUGAGAAUGGAGGUGGGGGAACCAUCUAAUUUUCAAUAUGGGUGCCAAAGGAUGACAUAUGUGGAUGGAUGAUGAGACGGUGAAGGCAGACUCUCCAAGGAUUUACUUUGAAGCAGAAUUUUCACUUUGUGCUACAAGGGUGACUGAAGUCAGUGGACAGCAAGAGUUGUGUGACCUCAGACAUAGUAGAGCUUGGAGCAUUGCUAAUUGGAAGACUGAUCAAUAAGCAAGCAAACUUCA